AUGGCCUCACCGACAGAAGACCGUUCUUCUACAAUGGAGGAGAACACGGCGGUGGACCCCGUCCAGCAGCAGCCAGCUGCUUCGCGCUGGAGACGACUCUUUGGAGGAAAGACCAAAGAAGAUUUCGAGCGUAGCGAGAAUCAGACUUAUCGCGCCAAAUCAACACUGGGAAUCCUAAGUGAUCGAGAGACAGACGAAGUUCCUGGAACGGUACUUCUCUUAUCCUCAAAUCGCAAUGAACCCUUGGGAAUGAGGCAUCAACCGCACCGGACAUCGACAUCUUCUAUAGCCUCGUCCUAUCCGCCCUCGCGGUCUAAUUCUCGAACGCGGUCGACGGUUCCAACCCAGAAGAAAACAGCGGACGGACAAUUUGUGCUUGAUCCCCAACCAGAUGACUCUGCAAAUGACCCUUUGAACUGGCCUGUAUGGCAAAGAGAUACCGCGUUGGUCUCGCUGGGCUUCUAUUGCCUGAUGGGAGGCGGCAUGACCCCUAUCUUGGCGGCUGGGUUCAACGAGGUUGCAGCCACGUACGAUACCAGUACACAGAAGGUUGCUUUCACCACCGGGCUGUAUAUGUUAGGGCUGGGCCUGGGGUCUGUUGUGAUGUCGCCCACGGCUAUUCUAUACGGGAAACGACCGGUUUACCUCCUGGGAGCCAUCCUGUUUGUGAUCUCGGCAAUUUGGUGCGCAGCGUCACCGAACUAUGCAAGUCUCGUGGUUGCUCGUGUUUUCCAAGGAUUUGCCGUGAGCCCAGUUGAGUGUCUCCCAUCUGCCACAAUUGCAGAGAUCUACUUCUUACACGAAAGAGCCUAUCGAGUGGGGAUAUACACGCUCUUGCUACUAGGCGGAAAGAACCUGAUCCCUCUCGUGAGUGCCGCCAUCAUCGAAAGCCUAAGCUGGCGCUGGGUAUUUUGGAUUGUCGCCAUGGUUGCAGGCAUGUGUUUAGUCUUGCUCUUUUUCUUCGUGCCCGAAACAUUUUGGGAUCGUACACCCCGCCCGCGUGUGCACAAACACAAGGGCUCGCGUGGCCUUGGUCAGAGUGUCUCCGACCUCGUUUCCCACGGCUUCCGAGGGCGGCACCCGUAUGUCCAACCCCAGGACGAGUCCGCCGAACAGGACCAUUCAGAUCCAGCAUUGGCACCGAAGAAGUCCAAACAUGCGCAUUUUGGAUUCGCGGAUGACCACCUAGAAGGCGGAGGCCAGGCAGUCGAGACUGAAAAGUCCGAUUCUGUUUGCGAGGCCGGUAAUGCUACCAAUGGUGACCAAAUCAACAUUCAACCGCCGACCCCGGCUAAUGAGAAAGGCGAUGACUUCCUCCAACCACCACCUCACGCCCUUUUGCCUAGCGCACACCCAGAUGAUCUGGAGACAGCUGACCUAGAGGCAGCUCGACCAGUCACCGUAGGUCGAGGUGCCGCAUCACCUGCGAGGACCGAGUCACUAGAGCCUACCGGGCCACCGCUGCCUGCAACCCUACAAUACACAAACCGAUUGCGUGAAGGUCCGAAGAUUCCAUACUCCCGAUUACUUAGAGUCUGGAAUGGACGAAUCGCUCACGACAGCUGGUACCGAGUUGCCGCGCGACCAUUCAUCCUAUUCGCCUAUCCAGCCGUGCUGUGGUCAACAGUGGUAUACUCACUAUCGGUCGGGUGGCUGAUCGUACUUUCGGAGUCAGUUGCACACAUAUUCGAGAGCAAAGAUCAGUACAACUUCACCCCGUUGCAGACAGGCCUGAUCUACAUAUCGCCGUUUAUCGGCGGUCUCCUUGGAACUGGAGUGGCGGGCAAAGUAUCCGACAUUAUCGCCCGGUUCAUGACCAGGCGCAAUGGGGGCAUCUACGAGCCUGAAUUCCGUCUUGUCAUGACAAUUCCUAUCGCGUUGUCUACUGUCAUCGGCCUGAUGGCUUUUGGGUGGAGUGCUGAGAUCGGUGACUCUUGGAUUGUCCCGACUAUCUUCUUUGGUUUGAUCUCGUUUGGUUGCUGUCUAGGCAGCACGACCGCUAUCACUUUUUGUGUAGAUAGCUAUCGCCAGUAUGCCGGCGAGGCGCUAGUGACACUUAACUUUAGCAAGAAUGUUCUCCACGGCCUUAUUUUCUCCCUUUUUAUCGUGGAUUGGCUCGAUUCCGAUGGUUCACGCACCGUGUUCCUGUCUAUUGGUGGUAUCCAGCUUUUCUUCAUGCUCAUGUCCAUUCCUAUGUACAUCUACGGCAAACGAGCUCGCAUGUGGACUGUGCGCAAGCGGCUCAUGGAACGGUUUUGA